AUGGAAGAUGUCAAGUCCUCGAAAAAGGUUAAGAAAGAGAGAACGGAAAUUGUGAUACCUCUUGAAGACCUUUCUCCGUUGGCAAAGCCUCUUGCACAGAAAAAGUUGGUGAAAAAACUUCAUAAAACCAUCAAAAAAGCUUCGAAGGCUCGUCAGGUGAAGAGAGGUGUCAAGGAAGUUGUAAAGGGUAUUCGUAAGGGAGAAAAAGGACUGCUUAUCCUUGCUGCCGACAUCAGCCCCAUCGACAUCAUUUCGCAUCUACCUGUACUCAGCGAAGAGGCACAAAUUCCGUACGUAUUUGUUACGUCGAAGGAAGAAUUGGGCUUUGCAAGCUCAACAAAACGACCCACGAGCUGCGUCAUGAUAUGUCCAGACCAAAAAAAGAAGACAAAGCGGAAAGAGGGCGCAGAGGAGAAGGAUGACGAUUAUCGGGAGCUUUACGACGAGUGCUAUAAGGAAGUAGAGAAGAUGGAUACCCAAAUUGUAUUUUAG